ACCAUAUUUUCCUAUCAUCACCUCUAUAAAUACCAUCAAUUUCUCACACCAAAAAACCACACACUACACAAAUAUAACUACAAAUCCUCCAUAAUUCUACAAAUUAAAUACACUUCAAUUUCAUCCACAAAAAAAUGGCGGCUCUAACAUUCAAAGUAACGAGGCAAAACCCGGAGCUAAUCCCUCCGGCUAAGCCGAAGCCACACGAAUUCAAAUCACUCUCCGACAAAGACGAUCAAGAGGGACUCCUAAAAAAUUAUAAGGUCACGCGCUUGAGAUGCGGCGGGUUCAUCCUCGCCCUCCGCCUCAACCACACAAUGAGCGACGCCUUCGGCCUCGUCCAGUUCAUGACCGCCGUCGGCGAAAUCGCCCGCGGCGCCAAAUCCCCGUCGAUCCCACCGGUGUGGGAGAGGCACCUCCUGAACGCACGCGCCCCGCCGCGCGUGACCUGCACGCACCGUGAGUACGACGAGGUGCCCGACACCAAAGGAACCAUCAUCCCACUCGACGACAUGGUCCACCGCUCCUUCUUCUUCGGCGCCGCGGAGAUCUCCGCCCUCCGCGGCCGCCUCCCGCCGCACCUCCGCCGCUGCUCCACAUUCGAACUCCUCACCGCCUGCCUCUGGCGGUGCCGCACGAUCGCCAUCUCCCCGGAGCCCAACGAGGAGGUCCGGAUGCUCUGCAUCGUCAACUACCGGAGCCGGAUCAACCCGCCGCUGCCGAAGGGCUACUACGGCAACGCCUUCGCAUUCCCCGCCGCCGUCGCCGCCGCCGGAGAUCUCUCCAGCAACCCGUUCGAGUACGCGCUGGAGCUCAUAAGGAAGACGAAGUCCGACGUGACGGAGGAGUACAUGAGGUCGCUGGCGGAUCUGUUGGUGAUCAGGGGGCGGCCACACUUCACGGUGGUUCGGAGUUACGUGGUUUCCGACCUGACCCGAGCCGGCAUCGGAGAUUUGGACUUUGGGUGGGGGAAGGCGGUGUCCGGAGGUCCGGCGAAGUGCGACGUAGGAGCUAUACCUGGGGUUGCACUUGCGAGUUUCUACAUACCGUUUAAAAAUAAGAAGGGGGAGAACGGAAUAGUGGUUCCGGUAUGCUUGCCGGCGGACGCCAUGGAAGUGUUCGUGAAGGAGCUUGAGAUGAUGGUGAGUAGAGAAGAUGACGACAACUCGGGCCGAAUCCCAGUCUUCAUUACGUCAGCACUCUGAAUUAUUUAUUAUGUGGUUGUACGUUUUGCAUUAUAUUUUCUACCUUGUUUCGUGAUUAUAGUUUGUUUAUACUCCUCUGUUCCAACGUUUCAUAAUAAAUGUUUCAUAA